UCCUCUCGCCAGAAGCCUCUCGUCCCUCUGAACUCCUUUUUAUAUUCCCAUCCCCAACACUUCUUCUUCAACGUCUUUGCCCUCAUUUAUCAUACGCAACAAGCCUAUUUCUCCUUAUUACUCUUAUUCCUUCGUAUUCUGAUUUAUAAACAUAUAUCUGCUGACAUGGCAGAAGAAGCCAAAGCUAAAGGUAACGCCGCCUUCUCUGCCGGAGACUACGACACCGCUGUCCGUCACUUCAGUGAUGCCAUCGCUCUGGCUCCAUCCAACCACGUUUUAUACUCCAAUCGAUCCGCCGCCUACGCCUCUCUCCACAAGUAUACCGAAGCCUUAGCCGAUGCUAAGAAGACCGUCGAGCUCAAACCUGACUGGCCUAAAGGCUACAGCCGGCUCGGCGCGGCUUAUGUCGGUUCACAUAAGUACGCUGAAGCUAUCUCGGCUUACAAAAAAGGCCUUGAAAUUGAUCCUAACAAUGAAGCACUGAAAUCCGGCUUAAACGAUGCAGAAGCAGCGGCCUCGAAGUCGUUCAGAUCUCGGGCCCCGCCUGCAGACAAUCCGUUCACUUCUGCCUUCGCUGGACCCGAGAUGUGGGCGAAAUUAACGGCAGAUCCGACGACGAGAAGCUAUCUUCAACAGCCUGAUUUUGUUACAAUGAUGCAAGAAAUUCAGAAGAAUCCUAACAAUCUAAACCUCUACUUAAAGGACCAGCGUGUGAUGCAAUCUUUAGGAGUUUUAUUAAACGUGAAGUUCCAGGGGCCCGCUGGUGAUGACAUGGAAAUUCCGGAGGAAGAAUUACCUAAGAAAUCGGAGCCGGCGAAGGAGGAGAAGAAGCCUGAGCCUGAACCUGUUCCGGAGCCGGAGCCGGAGCCGAUGGAGAUGACAGAGGAAGAGAUCGAAAAAAAAGUUAGAAAAGCACAAGCAUUGAAAGAGAAGGAAGAGGGAAACGCUGCCUAUAAAAAGAAAGAUUUUGAGAAGGCAGUUGCUCAUUACACCAAGGCAUUGGAGCUCGACGACGAGGAUAUUUCAUUCUUAACUAAUCGUGCCGCAGUGUAUCUCGAGAUGGGCCAGUAUGAAGAUUGCAUCAAAGAUUGUGAUAAGGCUGUUGAAAGGGGAAGAGAGCUUAGAUCCGAUUUUAAGAUGAUAGCAAGGGCCUUGACUAGGAAAGGAACUGCUCUGGUGAAAUUGGCAAAAUGCUCAAAGGACUAUGAACCUGCUAUCGAGACUUUCCAGAAAGCUCUAACUGAGCAUCGAAAUCCAGAGACAUUGAAGAAGCUUAAUGAAGCUGAGAAAGCUAAAAAGGAACUAGAGCAACAAGAGAUUUUUGAUCCAGCUAUAGCUGAUGAGGAGCGUGAAAAAGGAAAUGAAUAUUUUAAGCAGCAAAAAUACCCAGAGGCUGUGAAACAUUACACAGAAUCAUUGAGGAGGAAUCCCAAUGACCCAAAGGCAUACAGUAACAGAGCUGCAUGCUACACAAAAUUGGGUGCACUGCCUGAGGCAUUGAAGGAUGCAGAGAAGUGCAUUGAGCUGGAUCCAACCUUUGCUAAAGGGUAUACUAGAAAGGGGGCUGCUCAGUUUUUCAUGAAAGAAUAUGACAAAGCUUUAGAAACAUACCAGGAGGGACUGAAACAUGACCCAGAGAACCAAGAGCUGCUUGACGGAAUGCGAAGCUGUGUGCAACAAAUUAAUAAGGCUGGUCGUGGAGAAUUAAGCCCUGAGGAAUUGAAGGAGAGACAGGCCAAGGCAAUGCAGGAUCCUGAAAUUCAGAACAUUCUUUCUGACCCUGUAAUGAGACAGGUGUUGGUUGACUUCCAAGAGAACCCCAAAGCUGCUCAGGACCACAUGAAGAACCCAAUGGUGAUGACCAAGAUUCAGAAGCUCAUCAAUGCUGGAAUAGUCCAGAUCAGAUAAAUUUGAAGAAAUGUUUUAUCAGAGGGGGGAAAAAAAAAACAACGUAUCCCAUCUUAAGUAAAUUGUAUCUUCUUGUGUGAAUUUGGGUUGGAUUAAUUGGAAGAACUAGUUUCAGAUGUCAAAUUUUGGAAGCUGUUUUAAAUUUAAAAUUUAUGGUUGACCUUUUGAGAUA